AUGGGCAUGGGCAUGGGCAUGGGCAUGUUCUCGACGAGUGCACAUGUGAGUGAUGAUGGUGCAGAGGAUGAGGCUUUCAUUGAUGAGGUCGAUGUGCUUAUUGUCGGUGGCGGUCCGGCUGGUCUCUCGGCUGCUAUUCGGGCAAAGCAGGCCUUUGCUGACGCUGGUCAGGACGAUCGGAGAGUCCUGGUGCUGGAGAAGGGCGCCGAGCUUGGUGCGCACAUUCUCUCGGGAAACGUGUUUGAGACUCGUGCUCUGGAUGAGCUUAUUCCGGAUUGGAAGGACAAGGGCGCGCCGCUGGUGACGCCGGCCAAGGAUGACUCGUUUGUCUUCCUCACCUCCGAGUCGUCAGCCAUCACCUCGCCCAUUGUUCCGCCGCAGAUGCACAACGAUGGAAACUACAUUAUCUCGCUCGGCAAACUCGUCCGCUGGCUCGGUGAGCAGGCCGAGGAGCUCGGCGUCGAGGUCUACCCGGGCUACGCUGGCGCCCGUGUGGUGUACAACGACGACGGCUCGGUCCGUGGCGUGGCCACUGGCGACAUGGGCAUUGCCAAGGACGGCUCCAAGAAGCCCGACUUUAUGCCCGGCAUGGAGCUCCACGCGCCCGUCACGCUCUUUGCCGAAGGUGCGCGCGGCUCGAUGUCGCUGAUGGUCAUGGACAAGUUUGGCCUCCGCGACGGCGUCAUGCCGCAGUCGUACGGCCUCGGCAUCAAGGAGCUGUGGCAGGUUCCGGAUGAGAUCUACCAGCCUGGGCUCAUCCAGCACACCAUUGGCUGGCCGCUCGACACUGCCACCUACGGCGGCUCGUUCCUCUACCACCAGGAGGACAACACCGUCGCCGUCGGCUUUGUCAUCGGGCUCGACUACCCGAACCCGUACCUCAACCCGUUCCGCGAAUUCCAGCGGUUCAAGCAUCACCCCGAGGUUGCCAAGCACCUUGCCGGUGGCGAGCGCAUCUCCUACGGCGCUCGUGCCAUCAACGAGGGCGGCCUGCAGGCCAUCCCCAAGCUGGCCUUCCCAGGCGGUGCCCUCAUCGGCUGCUCGGCCGGCUUCCUCAACGUGCCCAAGAUCAAGGGCACCCACACAGCCAUGCAGUCGGGCAUGUACGCUGCCGACGCCGCCGUCUCUGCCCUCAUGGCCGCCGGCGACGAUGCGUCGUCCAUCCUCGCAUCGGACGCCGGGGGCAUCACACUCGACAACUACGUCGAGACCAUCGAGUCAUCGUGGGUCUACGACGAGCUCCGCUCUGUCCGCAACAUCCGCCCAGGCUUCCAGUACGGGUUCUGGCCCGGCAUGGCCAACGCGGCCUUUGAGACCGCUACCUUUGGCAAGGCGCCGUGGACCCUCACCAUGAAGCACGAAGACCACGAGGCACGCGUCACCGCAGACAACCCGGCGGCCAAGGAGAUCGAGUACCCCAAGCCUGACGGCGUUCUCUCGUUUGACCUCCCCUCCUCGGUCUUCCUCGCCAACAACUCGUACGAGGAGGACCAGCCGUCGCACCUCCACGUCCACUCCCAGCAGACCGCUGUCGACGAUCUCAACCGCUUUGCCGGCCAGGCCCACCGGUUCUGUCCCGCUGGCGUCUACACCUUUAUGGAGAACGAGUCCGGCCCCUAUCUCCACACCUCGCCGUCCAACUGCGUCCAGUGCAAGUGCUGCUCCAUCGUCGCUCCGCACUACAUCGAGUGGCGCGUGCCUGAGGGCGCAAACGGUCCGCUCUACUCGUCGAUGUAA